AUGGAGUCUCAACAACAACAUCAACAACAUCAACAUCAACAGCCUAUUUACAAUUAUUCUCAAGGCAUCAAACAUGUUAGUGUAUCCUCAAGUGUCUAUUCACCAAUACAAUCAGAGUUUGUACCUGAGUCCAAUGCCAUAAUGGAAGACGAUGAAGAAGAAGAGGAAGAAGACCAAGUACAGAAGCAUCAAUACCACCACAACCCACCACCACCACCACAACAACAAAACCCACAACAUGUCCAGACACGCAACAUAGAUGAUAUAGAAGAGGCAAGUGCGACAUCAGACGAAUCAGAUGGUGAGAGGGAUGACGAAACUAUGUCAAGAGAUACAGUUGACGAUGAAGAAGAAGAAGAAAACAAUCGCAAUGGCCAUCUUGCCGAUCGAUCUACCCAUACCAUUCAAACAUUCAUGACAGCAAACACACGACUAAACGAAGGAAACAACGUGCCACUGCAAACUAUCAGUGCUACAGGUAGCAGUUCUAGUUUGACUUCCUCCACUUCACGUACUGCAAUUAAUGCUGAAUCAACCAGACUAUUGGAUACAGAUGCAACUCCCAUUCUUACAAAUUCAGCUGCCAAUUACACCGAAGAUAAAACUCCUGUUGUGUCACCUGAUGGGUUCGUUCAAAACACAGGAGAAGAACCAUCAGUUGCAUCACUUCCUCAAAGAAAAUUGUCGAAAAAGUUUAAACGACUUUCCAUGAAGUUGCAAAAUGCAACUGCUUCAGAGAAUUCAUCACAGUUUAUGAGUAAUUUCCAACAAAAUAUUGAACGGGCAAACAAUAUGAAUCAAACACAAACGUCGACUAACAACAAUUCUAAUAGAACAAGCACCUAUUACACUAAAAUCACUCGAAAGUCAAGCAAUGAUGCACACAAUAAACCCGAACUAUUUAACCACCGAAAACCACACUAUGACACUGAUGACGCGGCCAGUUCGGUUUUAAAAAAUGACCAGCAUUCAGAACUAAGCUCAGUGAGCAGCAGAGCUUCUAGUAGACGGAGUGGAAAUUUCAGUAGCCAAGAUGAUUCUGAUGAAAGGUCAUCAACAUCUUCGACAAAUGUUGCUUGGAACAACAAUUCAUCAAGUUACAACCUACGGGGAUCGAUGAUUGGCGGCGAGGAAGAAGUGCCUGUGCGAAGAGACUUGAUUGAAACACCAACAAAGGACAAAUUCAAAAUGUACAACAAGUCCAAUGCCAACUUAUCCGAACAAGGUGGUUUGAAUAUCAUCUAUGAUCAAAGCAAGGAAGUUCCUUCAACAAAUGACUUGAAUCCAAAGAGUAAAUCGGUUGACCUUUUGGAAGAAGAAGAAGAUUUAUCAUCCUUGUUUAUCAAAGCAUUACAUGGCUUUGACUCAUCAACAUUACAAUCAGAAUCGGAUUCGUCUAUUUGUCUAUCAUUUGCUAAAGAUGAUUUGGCUUUUGUACAUACUAUCGACGAAUCGGGGUGGGGAGAAGUGACACUCAUUGAAUCGUUGGAAAGAGGGUGGAUACCAAUGAAUUAUUUCACCACUGCAGUUGCCGAUCAUGAUUCAUCUGAGGAUGAUGACGAGGACGAGGAUGAGGAAGACAUGGAUGAAGAACAAGACGGGGCAAGUGCGGCACUACCAAACAGUCACUAUAUUAAGCCAUUGUAUCAUGCAUGUGGGAAAUUUUUAAUGAAUCCAUUAAGUCAUCGCAAUAGAAAGGGGAAAUAUACAUUCUCUAUUCGUGUUGUCAACUCCAUCCGUGAUGGUGUGCGUGUCCUUCUUCAACAAACUGAUUGCUUAUCAAGAUCUAACGAAAUCGUGACAAAGAGACAAGUUGUACGUAAAGCUCGUAAAGUUUUGCUUGCAGAUUGGUACAACUUGAUGGUUAAGGCUAAUGAGUAUAAGGGAACCUCGAAUUUCAGCAAGAUUGAAAUUUUAACCUUGAUGGUUUAUCAAGUAACAAGAAAAGCUACUGAAUUUUUGGAAGUUUGGUCAACUGAAAGUAAACAAAUUGUCAAGAGAGCUAACGAACGGAAAUUGCACGAUGAUUUAAACAAUUAUCCUCUUUUGGAAGAACCACCAUUGGCUAAACAAAGAAUCACCGAGAUCAAUGGAAUCUUGUAUUCUUACUUGGGUUUAAUCAUUGGAAGAAUGGAUUUGAUUGAACACAAUCAAGUUGGAUGUGAAAUUUUGGAAACUUUGGCGCACCAAAUCAUCUUGCUACUUCGAGAGCUAUUGUUCAUAUCAAAGACCGGGUCCGAUUUCAGUUUACAAAAACCUGACGAUUUGGACAAUUCAUUGGAUGGGUUAUUAUCGCUAGUUAGUGACUUGGUUACUGGUGUGAAAAGCUUGGUUGUUAAAACCAUAAAUGAAGGUGAAAUUAAUGGCUACAAUAAUUUUGAUGGAAAUAGAGACUAUUUUUACACUCAAGAGGGUGGAGAUUUAUUACAAGUGGCUGCCAAGAUGAUCAAAGCUGUUGGUCACACUGUUGCAUCAGUAAGAAAAUUGCUCGACAUAACUGGUGACUUUAAAUUGAAUUCUGAACGAUCAUACCCGGACUAUUUGAAAAUGAGAAUUGAACCUCAAGAUUUUGUUAGACGAUGUAUGAAGGGAAUAAAAGCAACCAACGUGAACAAUCACAAGGAAACCAAUCUGGCUGUUAGCAAGCCCUAUAAAGCUAAUCGGUAUUCUAUGGUGAGGUCAGGUAAAAGUGGCGAAUUGGGAAUAACAGAAGGUGGACAAAGCUUGUUGCAACACUUUAAAGAUUCACCCUUCACUGCCUCAGCAGCCGAGUUUGAGCCAUUCACUUCGACAUCAGGCAAUGACACUAAUGAUGACGCCAACCUCAAGAAUGAAUUAUUAACUGACAAGAAUGGGUUUUUCCUUGGAGGAUCAUUCAAGGGAUUGGUGUACACCCUCACAAAUGAAGAUUCACCACCAGAGUAUUUCUAUGUAUCCACUUUCUUCAUUUGCUUUAGAAACUUUGCCAACGGUAUGGAUUUGAUAGAGGAAUUGGUUGCCAGAUUUGAAGCCAAUCGUGGACCAGUUAAUGAUAUAAAUGUUGCAUUGAAAUUGAAGAAUCGGCGAAAAUUGAUUGUCAAAAUGUUUCAACUAUGGAUGGAAAGCUAUUGGAACCAAGAUGCAGAUUAUAGUCUUCUCACCACUAUGAUCAAUUUCUUCAAUGAAGGUAUAAGUCCCAUUUUGCCACUAGAUGCACUUGAGUUAAUUGAGAUUGGGGCCAAGUUGUCGACGAAUCCCUUGAUUGAAAAUAGAGCCAGACGUAUCAAACCGACUAAACAGUUGGUUGAGAGAAAUAUUGUGUUGAAUUCAACUCUGGGUGGUAUAUUAGAUUUCCAAUCUUUGAGUGAUGGCGAAUAUGAUUUAUCAAGGGUUAAUUCAAAUGCAUCCAAUACCCAGUCUUUACCAUUACCUUCAGGAGCCACUCCAUCAAAUUCAUUACUCACCACGUCUCAAACAGCUACCAUCGAAAAGAUUAUCAUGACUUACAGAUCAAUUUUAAAAGAUAGCUGGUGCUCAUCCAAGUAUUUGUCAACAUAUAAACCAUUAGAGUUGUCGAAUUUGUUGUCGCAUUUUGCCAUUGUUUGCGAACAGAAUUGGGUAUUGUCAAACUAUAGACCUAACUUGUUGGAUUUCAAUGCUUUGGAAGUUGCUAAACAAUUGACAUUGAUUGAAUCCAGCAUCUUUUGUUCAAUCAAACCCGAUGAGUUAUUGAAUCAAAAUUUCACCAAUAAGAGGGCUCACUUGAGAUUAUCACCCAAUGUGAGGCUCUCCCUUUUAUUUACCAACUGUUUAUCAAAUUAUGCUUUGGAAUCGAUAUUGCAACCAAACUUGUCAAUGAAGGAAAGGGUCAAUGUUCUUAAAGUUUGGCUUAAAGUUGCCAUUUCGGCAUUGUAUUUACGAAACUUUAACAGUUUGGCAGCAAUAAUCACCGCUUUACAAAGUCACUUGAUAACGAGGAUCGAUAGUUUAUGGACAACGUUGCUGCAGAAAUACGUCGACUUGUAUCAGUACUUGUCGUCAAUCAUCAGUAUGGAGAAGAACUAUUCCACCUAUAGGAACAAGAUUCGCAAUUUAUUGUCAUCAGGAGAAUCCUUACCUAUAGUACCAUAUAUCAAUUUGUUCAUAUCGGAUAUUACAACCACAACUGAAGGAAUACCUAAAUACAUCCCCUCGCAAAAUUUCUUAUCGAGUAAAGUGAUAAAUUUCCAAAAAUAUUCCAAAAUUGUGAAGAUAAUUGCUGAUUUACAAUCUUUACAAAAUCCCUAUAGUCUUGAAAAUCAAACUGGAAGCCUGGCUGAGUAUAGAGUUCAAGAGUUGCCCUCGUUACAGGAGUUGAUUUUGUUGGAGCUUUGGAAAGUGAAUAUCUUGCACAAGGUUGAUGAUGAUCGUGGAUGGAAAUUAAGUUGCGAUGUAUUGAAAAAGUAG